AAGUAACAAGUAGAAAAUUAUAUAGGCGGUCGGACCGUCGGACUGUCACCAAGGAGAACUCAACAGUCGCUUGUUUCUGUUUAAAUGACAUCUUAGGCAAGUCCGCGACCUCUUCGUUUCUCUUAUCCUUAAACUUUAAAUACCGACUUUUUUAUGCAAUAAUCAUAAUUUGAUUCCGUGCAUUUUGUCUUGAAAUCUCACGAUACUUAGUACAAAAUGCGUGAAAUUGUUCACAUCCAAGCCGGUCAAUGCGGCAAUCAAAUUGGCGCCAAGUUUUGGGAGGUGAUUUCAGAUGAGCACGGUAUCAACCCUGAGGGAACCUAUCACGGAGACUCGGAUCUUCAGUUGGAACGAAUCAAUGUUUAUUACAACGAAGCCGGAUCAAAAUAUGUACCGCGUUCGAUUUUGGUGGACCUCGAACCCGGCACAAUGGAUUCCGUGCGUUCGGGGCCCUUCGGACAAUUAUUUCGACCGGAUAACUUCGUGUUUGGUCAGUCAGGGGCCGGCAACAACUGGGCCAAGGGUCACUACACUGAGGGUGCCGAGUUGAUAGACUCGGUGCUUGAUGUAGUGAGGAAGGAGGCCGAAAGCUGCGAUUGCUUGCAAGGAUUUCAACUCACGCAUUCUUUGGGCGGCGGUACCGGAUCCGGAAUGGGUACUUUACUCAUCACGAAGAUACGAGAAGAGUACCCGGAUAGGAUCAUGAGCACCUUCUCCGUGGUACCGUCUCCCAAGGUUUCCGAUACAGUUGUGGAGCCCUAUAACGCUACCCUAUCGAUUCAUCAAUUAGUGGAGAACACUGACCAAGCAUAUUGUAUCGACAACGAAGCGCUCUACGAUAUUUGUUUCCGUACUCUGAAGCUGACUACUCCUACGUAUGGUGAUUUGAAUCAUCUUGUAUCGGUUACCAUGUCCGGCGUGACAACUUGUCUAAGAUUUCCAGGACAAUUAAACGCCGAUUUGAGAAAGCUCGCGGUGAAUAUGGUACCAUUUCCUCGUUUGCACUUUUUCAUGCCGGGCUUCGCGCCCCUUACAUCCCGAGAUAGUCAACAGUACCGAGCUCUCACGGUGCCGGAACUCACGCAGCAAAUGUUCGACGCGAAGAAUAUGAUGGCAGCUUGCGAUCCACGACACGGUCGUUAUCUCACCGUGGCGGCCAUCUUCCGCGGCAGGAUGUCGAUGAAGGAAGUGGACGAGCAAAUGCUCAACAUCCAGAAUAAGAACAGCUCGUACUUUGUCGACUGGAUACCGAACAACGUGAAGACGGCGGUAUGCGAUAUCCCGCCACGCGGUCUUAAGAUGUCCGCCACCUUCAUCGGCAACUCUACGGCUAUUCAGGAACUAUUCAAGAGGAUCUCCGAGCAGUUCACGGCGAUGUUCAGGAGGAAGGCCUUUCUUCACUGGUACACCGGCGAGGGCAUGGACGAAUUAGAAUUCAACGAAGCGGAAUCGAACAUAAACGACCUGGUGUCAGAAUACCAACAGUAUCAAGACUCGACGGUGGAGGACUAUGAGGAAGAAGAAGUAGAGGACGAAGAAGUAGAGGACGAAGAAGAAACGGAGAAGUAGAAAAAACAAAGAAUCGCAGAGGAUCGCGUGUGCUUGCAAAACUUUUUGACGAUUUUUCUUUUGUACAAGUGUUUUGUAUCUAUUACUUUUACCUUUUUUGUAAACGUUUUACAACGUUUUUAUAUAUGUCUAUUUACUUGAAUUUUUAAACGUUUUAAUUUCAUUUGUUUAUGCUUUUUUGUUGCAAUUUACAAAAGGUGAUACGUAUUGGUAAAAUUCUGAAUUAAUUUUUCUGAUUAAAUUUUUGCAAUAGA